AUGUCCAUGGAAUUUGGUGACAUUGUCACAAAAUUUGACAUUUUUGAUGCCAUGAAACACCCUAUGGAGGAGCACUCCAUUUUUCAUAUUGAGCUGAUUUCUGAAUUAGUUGAUGACGCUAGUUCUGAACUAUUUGCGCUUGAUUUUCCAUCUCUCUCUGGUUUUGAUGAUAUUUAUUCAUGUUUUGAUUGUACUGACACUAACGUUUGUGUUGUCUAUGCUGAGAUUGAUGUUGCCUUGCAGGCUGAUACAUUUCCUACAGGUGAAGUUGUUACCAAUAAACCUGUUUUUGCAGUUGAUGCUCUUGACAUCCCGGCUGCCCCAAGCAUUCCAUCCACCGAGCAACCCCCGUCCUUAGAGAUAAAAGAGCUCCCUAAGAACCUGAAAUAUGCUUACUUGGAGAGUAAUGAGAAACUCCCUGUUAUUAUCUCUUCUAACCUUGAUUUCGAUCAAGAACACAAACUUUUGCAGGUUUUGAAGAAGCAUAAGAAGGCAAUCGGGUGGACAUUAGCCGACCUUCCAGGUAUUAGUCGAUCGAUGUGCAUGCACAGGAUUCUACUUGAGGAUGGAUCCAAAACGGUAAGGCAGCCCCAAAGGAGGCUUAAUCCUUUGAUGCUUGAUGUUGUGAAGAAAGAGGUAACCAAACUCUUGCAAGCAGAAGAGCAAGCUCUUGAUGAAUGCCUAAGGGAACUUGAUAGUCUAGAAGAGUUGAAUCCGUGGGAAGUUGAGGAGGAAGUAUUGAAGAAGGAGAAGGAAGUUGUUAAGUUGUUGUAUGCAGGAAUGAUUUACCCGAUUUCGGAUAGCCCAUGGGUUAGUCCCGUACAUGUGGUUCCGAAGAAAGGUGGCAUCACCGUGAUUCGAAAUGAUAAGGAUGAGUUGAUCCCGACAAAAGUGGCAACGGGGUGGCGUAUGUGUAUUGGUUAUAGGCGGUUGAAUACCGCAACUCGAAAAGAUCACUUUCCACUCCCGUUCAUGGAUCAAAUGCUAGAAAGACUUUUUGGGCAACAAUACUAUUGUUUCUUAGAUGGCUAUUCCGGGUAUAACCAAAUUGCGGUUGACCCGGCCGAUCAUGAAAAGACGGCUUUCACAUGCCCUUUUGGAAUUUUCGCAUACCGAAAAAUGCCCUUUGGGUUGUGCAAUGCACCAGCGACUUUCCAAAGAUGUGUGCAAGCUAUUUUUGCCGACCUUAUCGAGAAAACAGUGGAAGUCUUUAUGGACGACUUCUCCGUAUUUGGUGGUUCCUUUAGUCUAUGCUUGGACAACUUGGAAACGGUUCUUGAAAGAUGUGUGAAGACCAAUCUUGUUCUUAAUUGGGAGAAGUGCCACUUCAUGGUGACCGAGGGGAUAGUGCUUGGUCAUAAAGUCUCUUCAAGAGGGAUUGAAGUUGAUCGUGCUAAAGUUGAAGUGAUUGAAAAGUUACCUCCUCCGGCGAAUAUGAAGGGAGUCCGAAGCUUUCUGGGGCACGCCGGUUUCUAUCGGCGCUUU